GCCUCAAGCAUUGAGCAAUAAUAAGGGGGUGACUACAGUUUAGGUGCAGGUUAUUGGCAGGAAAAAUGACUCCAUUAGGACUCAUCUUGGUUUCAUCAGCACUGCUGGCUGGGCUCUGCGCUGCAGGACCACAGGUAUUAAGAGUUACAACCAUCAAGGAGGAACCGUACGCAAUGUCCAAAGGCUCUGAACUGGAGGGUUUCUGCAUUGACCUGCUGUCAGCUGUCUCAAAGAAAUUAGAUUUUAAGUAUGAUCUUAAGCUCGUAAAGGACGGCCGGUAUGGCAUAACGGAUGACAGUGGCAACUGGAACGGCAUGAUCGGAGAAGUUGUAAGAGGGGAAGCAGACAUUGCAGUGGCGCCUCUAACUCUAACAGCUAAACGUGAGCUGGUCGUGGACAUGACCAAACCCUUCAUGCAGACUGGUCUUAGUUUCAUCCUGAGGAAAGACUUGGCUUCUGAUGAAUCGCAGUUCCUCAGCCUUCUCAACCUGUUCUCCACUGAGAUGUGGAUGGGUGUGCUGGUCGCCUACCUGCUGACCUCCGUCUGCAUCUUCUUAGUGUCACGGAUUAGCCCCUGUGAGUGGGAGCAACCAGAAAAGGAAAAGAAUUUCUUCACGCUCUCACACAGUUUUUGGUAUACCGUGGGAGCAAUGACUCUUCAAGGUGCUGGUCCUCAUCCCAAGGCUCUUUCGGGACGGGUCAUUACCUCUAUCUGGUGGCUGUUUUCACUAGUGCUGCUUGCAUGUUACUUCGCCAACCUUAGUUUAUGGCUGCAUUCAGACAACCAGCAAAUGUCUAUCAAGAGCUUUGAAGACCUCGCUAAUCAAAACUUGAUUGAGUACGGCACCAUAAAAGAUUCUUCCUCCUUUGCCUUCUUCAAGAACUCAAACAACCCCACAUACCACAGGAUCUAUGAGCACAUCAAGAAAGCCCAGAGCUAUUCGCUCAAUGCAGAAGAAGGUUUCCGCCGGGCUCAGAAAGGCAACUAUGCAUUCAUCGGUGAAUCUGUGUCCCUCGACCUGGCAGUGGCGAGACACUGUAACCUCACACGUGCUCCAGAAAUCAUCGGCAUGAGGGGAUACAGCAUCGCCGCACCUUUAGGCUCUCCUUUGGUGAAAAACCUAAGUGUUGCCAUUCUGCGUCUGAGCGAGUCUGGUGAGCUGGAUUAUUUCCGCAGUAAGUGGUGGGCUAGCAGCUGUGUGGCAAAAAAUGGCAAGAGUGCUCCACUGAAGCCCACCAGUCUGAAGGGAAUCUUCUUAUUACUGGCACUCGGUCUGGGACUGGGGCUUUUCCUGGCUCUGAUGGAACUGGCCGCCAAAUCACGCAAAACCGCUAACACUCAGCAGAAAUCCUGCUGCUCUGUCAUGUCUGCUGAACUCAGUCAGCGCUUCAAAGGUGGAGAGGCGAUGACACCAGAGUCCUCUGAAAAAAGCAAAGCCUAAAAAAAAGCACUGACACACAUGCAUUUAAUCACUUAAUGUUUAUUACAUCCACAACAAGUUACUCACUGCUAACCAUACUGGGUGGGUGAAACUCAUGAAAGAAUUUCAUUUGUUGUGCACACUUCAAAAAUUCUAUAUUGAUUGAAGAAAAUUAAGCUAAAUACGAGGGCGAUUAUUUAAAAAAAAAAUAAUUUGAGAACAUUAUAAUUUCUUAUGUCAUUUAUUUCUGGGUGUAAUAUGACCCACGUUUCAUGAGAUUCAACCAGCAUUUUAUCUAUCUAGACAACAUGUGGCUCUAUUAAUUUUAUUAAACAUGUCUAAAAAUUAGUUUUAUUUAGAAAAGGAAUUCCUCAUUAAUAAUAUAGCGUGUUAUAUUCUUUCAUUACAAGUUCAGUUGCAGUACAUACCUAUAGGGUAAAUUCCCCAGAAGUUUGAGAACACCCAAAAGUCUGACCAAACAUAUUCGUACUUAUAUCUAACUCAUUAAAAUCCGUCCUAUACUGUUAUAAAUGCAGUGUGUGUGUGUGUGUGUGUGUGUGUGCCAUGAAGAGUAAAACUAAAAAUGGCAUGAGAAUAUUGCAUACACAUUUGAUCGAACAUUUAUUUCUAUUAAAAUAAAAUGAUGCAUGCAAAAUAUAUACAGGUACCCAGAAAAUAUUCUAUUUCUUAUUGUAUGUGUCAUUGCUUUAGGCUCGGUGAAUUUUCUUAACAAAAAUAAAAAUCUGAAAUAUGCUGUUUGCAUAUUUAA